CAUGUGAUUGUGUCUGUCUGUCUCCAUCCCUUGUGAUCAAAAGUCCUUAUCCGGGUUAAUUCUUUUGAUUAUUUUCUCUUUAGCUUUUACUUAGUCAUACACGUCACCAGAACAUCUUUAAGUGGAAAAUGAGAUUUCAAGAGUUUAACAUCGACAAUGGUUACUUGGAGGGACUUUGCCGGGGUUUUAAGAAUGGAGUCUUGAAACAGACUGAUUAUCUUAACUUGGUGCAAUGUGAAACACUUGAUGAUUUGAAGCUACAUUUGCAGAGUACUGAUUAUGGACAAUUCUUGGCCAAUGAACCUAGUCCAUUGGCAGUUUCUGUUAUUGACGAUCGUUUGAGAGAAAAACUUGUCAUUGAGUUUCAGCACAUGAGGAAUCAUGCUGUUGAACCUCUUGCCACCUUUUUGGAUUACAUUACGUACAGCUAUAUGAUAGACAACAUCAUUCUCUUGAUUACGGGGACCCUUCAUCAUCGACCCAUUACCGAGCUGAUCAGCAAAUGUCACCCAUUGGGCAGUUUUGAGCAAAUGGAAGCUAUCCAUGUUGCUUCAACUCCAGCUGAGCUCUACAAUGCUGUGCUGGUGGACACUCCAUUGGCUCCAUUCUUUGUGGAUUGUAUCAGUGAGCAGGAUUUGGAUGAGAUGAACAUUGAAAUCAUCCGCAACACUCUGUACAAAGCUUAUCUAGAGUCAUUCUACCAAUAUUGUCAAAAGCUGGGUGGCACCACUGCUGAAGUCAUGUGUGAAAUUCUUGCUUUUGAAGCCGAUCGCCGCGCUUUGAUCAUCACCAUCAACUCUUUUGGUACGGAGCUUUCCAAGGACGAUCGAGUUAAGCUGUACCCUACUUGUGGUAGGCUUCAUCCCGAUGGUCUUGCUGCUUUAGCGCGUGCUGACGAUUUCGAGCAAGUUCGUGGCAUUGCCGAAUACUAUGCGGAGUACAAGGAGCUUUUUGAUGGUUCUGGUAAUAAUCCCGGUGAAAAAACUCUCGAGGAUAAGUUCUUUGAAUAUGAAGUUAAAUUGAACAUGAACGGUUUCAUGCAGCAGUUCCACUUUGGUGUAUUUUACUCUUAUUUGAAGCUCAAGGAGCAAGAGUGUCGCAACAUUGUUUGGAUAUCUGAAUGUGUUGCUCAGAAACACCGCGCCAAGAUCGAUAACUACAUUCCUAUCUUCUAAAUUACAAAUGCACCAACAAGCCAUCUAAACCAAUGAACCUUUUGUUUAAGAUUUUUUCUUCCACGUUCAAUAGCUUCUCAUAUUACCAUUGUCCUGUCGUUGAAAUCAGAUUAUAUAGCUUUCUAUACACUCCCCUUUAUUGGUUGCUUUUUAACAUUAUGGUAAUUCGUCUCUGUGGCUGUAGAUUUAUUCGGUGUGUAAAUAAAUGUUAAUUCAAAUU